CUCUUCCUGCAUUUUGGGCGUUUGCCAAUGCCCUCCAGGCUACUCACCUAGUUUGGAUAAGGAAUCUUGUGUUAACGGGCUUCUUAUGGAUCCAGGUUUAAUUAAGCCUCGUGCAUCAUCAGCAGAACAACAAAAACAACCCCAACAAACUCCAAACACCCUUAGAGGCAAAAAAGAAGAGCCUCAAAGGUUAAAAUUAGGCCAGAGAUGUAAACAGUCUUCUGAAUGUGUACCCGGUGCUGACUGCUUAUUUGAAGUUUGUGCUUGUCCCCCUAGAACGGUGGCUAAUGCCUUGGGGCAUUGUGUGUCCGAAAAUAUUAGUAUCCAAACAAAUACUCAACAAACACAACAACAACAGCAACAACAACCCCAAAAUAAUAAUGUUCAACAGUUGUCUCCCUCAUCUAAAUAUAGAGCCUUUCCCUCUGCCCCAAUUCAAUCCAAAAUAGAAGAAAAUAAAGGCUUAAUAGUCCCUAUAGGCACUCAAUGUAAUAAUAACAAUCCUUUACAAAAAUGCCAAUUUGGUGCCCAAUGUAUUUUGUUAAUGGAAGAAGCAAGUGCUUUUUGUGUUUGUGUCGAUUCUACCGGUGGAGAGAUGGUAACUAAUUCGAAUGGGUUUUGUACUCCCAGACUUUUAUCGGACGCUGUUGAUAAACGUAAAAAUUAUUUUCUAUAUGUUUUAAAUAGUAAUGGAUUUUAA